AUGAUUUCAGCGAGUUGUGUGAUAAUGUUUCUCUUCUUCUUCUUGUUUAUUCUUCCACAACUAACAUAUUCCAACUCCAACUCCCAGCCUUGCUUUUCUUCUUCCUGUGGAAAAAUCACAAACAUAAGCCAUCCAUUCAGACUAAAACAAGACGCAGAACACUGUGGGAACAAGAGCUACGAGUUGGAUUGUGUGAACAACGUCACUGUGUUGAGUUUGUAUGAUGGUUAUUAUCAUGUUGAAUCAAUCAAUUAUAAAAACUACACAAUCCGAGUUGUUGACCCUAACAUUCAACCUACCAAUUGCUCCUCUCUUCCUCGCUUCUUCUUAUCCCAAAACAACUUUACUCAUUUUGAUUCAAUGAACCGGCGCAUCCCCAAGGAAAAUAAUUCAUACGCGUACGACUUAACUCGAUGGCCCGAUCCCGAUUACUAUAGAUAUGAUAUAUCAAGGCCUGUAAUUUUCAUGAAGUGUACACGUCCACCUAGUAAGGUUGUGGAUGAGUAUUAUGCCGACACCGCUUCAUGCUUGGAUGAUCAACAUACUUACGCUAUUGUUGGGGACCCACCGUUUUCAAUUCUGGAGCCUCAGUGCCGAGUUAUGCUAAUUACUCUCACUUCUUUCUGGAGUGCUUCAUUUGACACCGUUAUAGGUAACAUUUCAUAUAUUGAUAUUCAUAAAGCGCUUCGAUAUGGAUUUGAAAUUUCAUGGAUGCAAGCCUCUUGUCCUUGUGAUGCAUGCUUACUCAACGACACCGCCAACGAGAUUCAAUGUAUUGUAUUUGACUGUCCUUUUGACUCUUGCGGAUCUUGGGCAGACAAGGUCCGCCUAAUGUUUGAUUACGUUGCUGGAAUCUACGAAGGACUUCGGGAGCUGACAGGCAUGGAUAAGAUAGUCAUAUAUAAAUCACAUAUUAACAUGUAUAGAGCAGGCAUAGUUACCGGAAGGUAUAUUUUGCCAUACCUUGUAUCUAGAAUUAUAUUGGUCAUCAUACUUUUUUCGGCGUUGUUGAUCUAUACAUAUCGAAGAAGACAUGAAUCAAUAUAUGAAAAUAUUGAAGAUUUUCUACAAAGCAAUACUCUCAUUCCAAUAAGGUAUUCAUACAAAGAGAUAAAACAAAUGACAAAAAAUUUCAAGUUAAAAUUGGGUGAAGGAGGUUAUGGAGAUGUGUAUAGAGGAAACUUAAUAAGUGGUCCAUUUGUAGCCAUUAAGAUGUUGAAGAUAAAAUCAAAAACUAGUGGGCAGGAUUUCAUGAGUGAAGUUGCUACUUUAGGAAGAAUAUACCAUUCAAAUGUGGUAAGACUCAUUGGGUUUUGCGUUGAAGGAUCAAAACGUGCUCUUGUAUAUGAGUACAUGCCCAAUGGCUCUCUUGAUAAAUAUAUUUUCAACAAAGAGGAAGUUAUAUCUUUAACAUGCAACCAAGUAUAUGAAAUAUCUCUAGGAGUAGCACGUGGAAUUUCUUAUCUCCAUCAAGGUUGUGACAUGCAGAUUUUGCAUUUUGAUAUUAAGCCUCAUAAUAUUCUUCUUGAUGAAAAUUUCAUCCCCAAAGUUUCAGAUUUUGGUCUUGCAAAGCUUUAUCCUAUUGAUAAGAGUAUAGCCACUUUGACAGCAGCAAGAGGAACAAUCGGGUACAUGGCUCCAGAACUGUUCUAUCAAAAUAUUGGGAAAAUAUCAUAUAAGGCUGAUGUGUAUAGCUUUGGAAUGCUCUUGAUUGAAAUGACUAGUAGGAGAAGAAAUUUGAAUUCACACGCGGAGCAUUCAAGUCAACAAUACUUUCCGUUUUGGAUUUAUGAUCAAUUGGUUAAAAAUAGAAAAAGAGAAAUGGAAGAUGUUAUCAUGGAGGAAUUUAACGAUGUUUUGAGAAAAAUGUUCAUCAUUGCACUUUGGUGCAUACAGUUGAAACCUGUGGAUCGCCCUUCAAUGAAGAAAGUAGUGGAGAUGCUUGAACAAGAUCUUGAAAAUAUUGAAAUGCCACCAAAGCCUUUAUUAUAUCCACAUGAAACAAUUCAUGAGUAUGCAGAUAGCGAUUCAAAAGAAACUGAAUCAGAUACUGGUUCUACUAGUUAUGUUGGUUCUACUAGUUAUGUUGAGGAAAUCACAACAGCUCCUUUGUUGAAGUAUUCUGCUUGA